AUGGAGGACAGCAAAGCCCCGGUGUCGGAGCACGGCGGGGAGACCUCCAAGGCCGACGUGCUCGAGGUGGCCGCCAGCAGCGGGAGCCGCAGGGCGGCGGCCAACCGCGGUCUGGCCGUGCUCGACCUCAUCCUCCGCUUCGUCGCGGUGAUCGCCACCGUCGGCAGCGCCAUCGCCAUGGGCACCACCAACCAGACGCUGCCCUUCUUCACGCAGUUCCUCCGGUUCAAGGCGCAGUACAGCGAUCUCUCGACCCUGACGUUCUUCGUGGUGGUGAAUUCGAUCGUUGCCGCGUACCUGGUCCUGUCCAUACCUCUGUCCAUCGUGCACAUCAUGGCGAGCAGGGCGAAGUACAGUAGGCUGGUGUUGGUUUUCUUCGACGCGGCAAUGCUGGCGCUGGUGACGGCGGCGGCGUCGGCGGCCGCGGGGAUCGUGUACCUGGCGCACAAGGGCAACGCCAGGGCCAACUGGUUCGCCAUCUGCCAGCAGUUCGACUCCUUCUGCGGGCGCAUCUCCGGCUCCCUCAUCGGCUCAUUCGCGGCCAUGGCCCUGCUCCUUUUGCUCAUACUCCUCUCCGCCGCCGCGCUGGCGCGGCGCUAG